AAAAACCAACUGGGCGAGGUACGGCAUCGCUGGGCGAAUAUUAGAACAUUUCUUGAUGUUGGAGUUUUUGAAUGAUUUGCUGUCACAUCACACGCCUUUGACGGUUUGCCAACCGAUUCUGCUUCCAAAAUUAAGCGAUGCUGGUCACCGUUUUCUGCGCGCCGAGGGAUCGCCCAGAAACCACAUUCGCCCUCGAUGUGUCCCCGGAGCUGGAACUGAGAGACUUUGUGGCACUUUGUGAACUCGAGUCGGGAAUCCCGGCGGGGGAAAUUCAGAUCUCCUAUGUAGAGCAGCCCCUAAAAGACCCAACUCGUGCCUUGGGGACCUACGGUGUGAAGGAUGGAGACGUGGUGGUCCUCAGGCAAGCCGACAGAAGGCCACCACCCACUCAGCCUGCCUUCCCAGGUCUGCCCCAUAUCGACUUUCGUUCCAUCGCAGUCCCUGGCGCCUCGACUUCAAACGCUUCUCAUAGUAUCAUCAGGCCGCGGCAACAACAGGUCGCACCGCCGCAGCAGCAGCAGCAACAACAACAACAACACCAGCCACAGCAGCAGCAACUCCCACCACCUCAGCAACAGCCACAGCGCAGUGCGCAACCCUCCAACCUUAACCUCCCGGCCUUUCGCGGCUCCUCUUCUCAGGGGCUUGACGACCCCGCCUUACUCCAGCAGAUGCUCCUGUCCAAUCCACAUGAACUCUCCCUCCUGAAAGAGCGAAACCCACCGCUUGCUGAGGCUUUGCUGAGCGGAGAUCUCGAGCGUUUCACCAAAGUGCUGCUGGAGCAACAGCAGGAUCGAGCCAAGCGGGAGCAAGAGCGAAUCCGACUGCUGACUGCCGAUCCUUUCGAUUUGGAAGCGCAGGCAAAGAUCGAAGAGGAUAUCAGGCAGCACAAUGUUGAAGAAAAUAUGACGAUUGCAAUGGAGGAGGCCCCAGAAAGCUUCGGGCAGGUUGUUAUGCUCUACAUUAACUGCAGAGUCAACGGGCACCCUGUGAAAGCUUUUGUGGACUCAGGCGCCCAAAUGACCAUCAUGAGCCAAGCCUGUGCGGACCGCUGCAACAUCAUGCGAUUAGUAGAUCGCCGCUGGGCAGGCAUCGCCAAGGGAGUGGGCACGCAAAAGAUCAUCGGCAGGGUUCAUUUGGCUCAGGUCCAGAUUGAAGGGGACUUUCUUCCCUGUUCUUUCUCCAUUUUGGAGGAUCAGCCGAUGGACAUGCUGCUCGGCCUGGACAUGCUCAAGAGACACCAGUGCUCAAUCGACCUGAAGAAAAGCGUGCUUCUCAUCGGCACAACGGGCACCGAGACUCGCUUCUUGUCCGAGGCCGAGUUGCCUGAAUGCGCCCGGCUGGCCUACGGGCCUGAAGGACGUGAGGAAAACCGCCCCGAAGAGAUAGCGGAUAGGGAGCUCGCGGAAGCGCUUCAGCGGUCCAUACAUGAAAGCGACGGACAGACUACCUCACCGCAGCCGCCGACAUUGUCACUACCCACAGCCUCAGACCAAAUGUCCUCAAGCGCCCAUCCCCAGAACCCUGACACGGUUUGCUCAGAGUCCACCCAGGUCCCUGUGGAGCAGGCCUCCGGGCCGGACCAACUUGGCCUCCAGGAGCCUCAUCUGCCUACAGAGCAGGAUCAGCUCAAGCAUCCCCCUCUGGAAGAUCAUACUGUCUCUGUAGGAGAAGCCCUGGCACCCGGUCAGUCAGCUGAAGACCUCCAGGGUCCAGAGGCUGGUGAGAAGGAGACUACGGAACCAUCCAAGGUGGAGAACAGUUCAAACCUCCCCUAUCCAGAAGUAGCACACAGUCAGCCCAUGGAGCAUGAGGCAGCUGGGUCCGAAAUGAUGAAUCCCUGCCAGCCGGACUCCUUCGAAAUGGACUCCUCAUGCAGGGAUCAGCCUGAGGGCUCUGAAGGCAUUCCGUCUCUGGCCGCUGCUCUCUUGGAGCUCCAUGAACUGCUGCUCUCCAACAAGUGUGGCGCCCCCCGCCCCUCAACGCAUUCCGAAGAGGAGGAUCCAACACUAAUUAGACCAGAACCAAGCAAUGCCAAAGCCAAACCAGCUGUUGCUUGCGAGGCCCCCCCAGAGAGAGAAGGGGCAGACUUUUCGGAGGGAGCUCUGGAGUCUUCAUCCAAAGCCAGAGACUCCAACAUUUAUCAUCCCAAGUCAGUGAGUCCUCCAGAGUCCCCUGCUGAAGCCAGAGACCCCAGCAUUUAUAAUCCAGAGUCGGCAAAUCCUCCGAAGCCUCCAGCCGAAGCCAGAGGCCCCAGCAUUUAUAAUCCUGAGUCGGCAAGUCCUCCAAAGUGUGACGGGGGCUUCAGGGAACCCCCAGAAGGGCAGCAGGAGAGCGGGGAUGUGCAUGGACGAGUCUCGGACACAAACACCCCGGACAGUAUUGCCUCUGGCACAUCCGCCUCCCUCCUGCCCGGAACCUUUACAGAACAAUUCCCAGCCGAACACAUUCAGAGAAUCCAGGCUGCAGGUUUUUCUGCUCGCGAUGCUACAGAGGCUCUAGAGCAGGCACACGGGGUCGUGGAGCUGGCUCUGCUGGUGCUCCUGGCCCGCAGCAUCACUGUGCCCACCUAAGACUCCGAGCCUGCCCCCCACCAACGUCUUGUCUCCUUUUAUGCUCUCGGUUUUUGAUCCAGAUGUCUCGUGCCCCUCUUUGAAGGGAACGUGUCUUAACAGGGAUAUGCUGUCACACUGUACUGAUUAUCCUUUUUCUUGACAUAGCGGAUAUUUGUGGUUGGUAUUUGCAUGCCGACAUCUCCGGCGAGCAUCCAACUCAAUGAUUUUAAGGGUUUUUUUCUAUUAUAAAUUGAUUUUGUUUUCUUUCGACAUCCAACCUUGACCCCUAUAUCAUUUAUUGUUGAACCAAAAAAAGAUACAGUCUGCCCUUUGUUAUCCUGAAGCAGGGUACACACUUUUUUUUUCAAUUAAUUGUAAGAGACCCUACAUGACAGGGGAAAAAAUUGACAAGUGUGUGAUUACGGCUCCAGAUGCCCAACAUGGCACACCACAGACAAUCGUGAGUCUCUUCCACUCUGUCUUUAGUCUCAAGGCCGCCCAGUUAGAGGCAGCAUGGUGCCGUCGGACAUCCAAACUGCCGGAGAAUACAAACAAUAAAGAUUAGUAGUAGAAAUAGAAGAAGAAAGUGACUUUCCAGAUUGACCAUCACUUGUCACAAUCUUAGAGUCCAUGACUCAGGCUAGAUAUACCACUGCGAUAGUAAAAUAUUGAACAGGUUUAAACACUUAUGAUUGUCGGUAAUUGAGAGUUUUCCAAGCAUGCUGGGAAGGACAAAUAAUUCAAAACAUCUUGCACCAUGAGAUAUUUUAAAGUCAUCCCAUUAUCGAGCCACUGCUGACUUUGAUUGCAAGGGAGAGAAAAUACAUUUUUCCUGCUCAUUGGGAGGUUUGUGCCCCGCUUUAUAAACGUCUUCCCUGACUGUUUUACGAGUUUAUCGGGGAGGAAAAAUCACUCCUAAUGCACACCAUGCCACUGGAUGAUAGGAUAAUCUUUUCGAGCCAUCAGAAAAUCAGAUCUUUGCAGAAUUUGAUCGCAAGGGGAUAGACAAUGCUCCACUUUGGCCCGAUUAUUGUUCAGUGUGUACCUCACUCUGAUUGUCAGCCCUGACCAUUUUUGAGAAGAAUGAGCAGGAAAAAUCACUUUUAACAACACCCCACAUUAUCUUUCAGAUAUAUAAGCAGUCUGAUCUUGAUUGGACAAUACUCAAUUUAAGACAGUGUUUAUCUUGCUUAAGGUGAUUACUACAAUUUAUUGAUUGAUGUAUUUAUUUUUUUGGCAUCAAAAUUGCCUUUUCUUAGUUUCUUAAAUGUUUGUGUACCAAGUGUAACCGUUGUAAGAGUAUCCGUAAAUUCUCUCAAAAAGUUGCCACAAUACAGAUGAUUAAACAAGUUUACAAAUCUACCAAAAAUUAGUGCACAAAUAACAUUGGACGCAAAUAUCCAAUUUUAUGGCUUUUAAAAAAUGUAUGUUGUCCAUUUAUUUUGUAUGUCAACGGGUGCACAUAUUUUUAUGUGCAUUCUUUUUUCUUUUCUGUCUGAGAACAUGGAAUAAAAUUUACGACUCAACUUGUAUCACAUGGCGUCAUCAGAGUCAUCUGGCAUACAAUGUUUUUGCUUUAUUUACUUUUAUCUUGUAUGCGAUUUUGAAUGACAAAUAAAACCGAGAUUAGUAUUUGUA